GCCCAUCAUGAAGAAGCUGAGGAAGGGAAACUAUGACGUUCUCCUGGCUGAUCCCAUCUAUUCUGGAAGCAAUUUAACUGCUGAGAUCUUGGGCAUCCCUCUAGUCUUUUCUUUGAGAUUUUCGAUAGCAAACAACUGGGAGAGACUGUGUGCUCAGCUACCUGCUCCACCUUCCUACGUUCCAGUUGCGGUCAGCAGACUGACAGACAAGAUGAACUUCUCAGAGAGAAUGUGGAACUUCCUCUUCUACGUCCUGCAGGACUUAGUUCUGGAUCAGUGUGUGUGGAAGAAGGUGAGUAUUGCUGACUAGAACAUUACGUAAUGGAUUUCAUCGUCAUCACGAACAUGUUUGUUUUCUCAGGAACACCCACCAGUGCCUGUAAGAUGAUGGGUAAUGCUGACAUCUGGUUGUUGAGAACCUACUGGGAUUUUGACUUUCCCCGUCCAUUACUUCCCAACUUCAAAUUUGUUGGAGGGAUUCACUGCAAACCUGCUAAACCAUUACCAAA